CCGGCUCCGGCUCCGGCUUCAGCGCGGCGGCGCGGUCACUGAGCACCCGGGCACCGGGGAGGCCGGGAGGAGCGUCCCCGCUGAGGGCUGUCGUCUCUGCGAAAAGAGAGGAAGGGAGAGAGAGAGAGAGCGAGGAGGCGAGCGGGGCGAUCGCGAGAGGAAAGGCAAGUUCCAGGGAAAGUUGACUCGGACUGGCACAGCCUGCAAAAAAAAAAAAAAAAAAAAGUCGAUCGCCAGCGGGAGCAUAAAAGUGCGGGCGGCCGGGGCGCGGCGGCAGCUCUCCCUCUCCCGCUCCCGCUCCCGCUCCGCUCCCUCGCCCGCCCGGCGGCUGCAGCGGCCGCAGCGGAGCGCCGCGACCCGCGGGAGCCCCCGCAACACCGGCGGCCCUUGGGAGGGCGGCCGAGCCUCAGGGGAGCCGAGCUCGCGCGGGCUCGGCUUUUUUUCGGCUCUGAGGAGGAACCCCGCCAACCAUCAAGAUUUUGUCCAAAAGCAGACAAGAGGAUCGCCCUGCGCUGAGCCGGCUGGUGGGCAGCAGGCGGCGGCUGAUCGCGGCCGGCGCGCUGGGGGUGGUGAUGGUGCUGCUGCUGGUCAUCCUCAUCCCGGUGCUGGUCAGCUCGGCCGGCACCUCGGCGCACUACGAGAUGCUGGGCACCUGCCGCAUGGUCUGCGACCCCUACGGCGGCACCAAGGCGCCCAGCACGGCGGCCACGCCCGACCGCGGGCUCAUGCAGUCCCUGCCCACCUUCAUCCAGGGGCCCAAGGGGGAGGCCGGCCGGCCGGGCAAAGCGGGACCGCGCGGCCCGCCGGGGGAGCCGGGGCCGCCCGGCCCGGUGGGGCCGCCGGGUGAGAAGGGCGAGCCGGGGCGGCAGGGCCUGCCGGGCCCCCCCGGGGCGCCGGGGCUGAACGCAGCGGGGGCCAUCAGCGCCGCCACCUACAGCACCGUCCCCAAAAUCGCCUUCUACGCCGGCCUCAAGCGGCAGCACGAGGGCUACGAGGUGCUCAAGUUCGACGACGUGGUCACCAACCUCGGCAACCACUACGACCCCACCACCGGCAAGUUCACCUGUUCCAUCCCCGGCAUCUACUUCUUCACAUACCAUGUGCUCAUGCGGGGCGGCGACGGCACCAGUAUGUGGGCCGACCUCUGCAAGAACAACCAGGUUCGAGCUAGUGCAAUUGCUCAGGAUGCUGAUCAGAACUACGACUAUGCCAGUAACAGCGUGGUUCUUCACUUGGAGCCAGGAGAUGAAGUUUACAUUAAAUUAGAUGGAGGAAAAGCACAUGGAGGAAACAACAACAAAUACAGCACAUUUUCUGGAUUUAUUAUUUAUGCUGACUGA